UGCCAGCUGCAGCAAUAGAAUACUGAACAACAAUCAAUGGAAGGCUAGGAACAUAUGUAGGUCUGGUAUCAAAAGGGUUUUGUGUAUACAGUGCAUGCCUCAAUGGCUGUUAACCCCACUCAUGAGCCUCGUUCCGACCUCUGUAUGUCCGUGUGUGUGUGUUCUGUGGCAGAUCGAUGAAAGGCUCUGGCUGGCGGUAUCGUUAAUAUUGGGCUGCAUUCGAGGGUUUCAUCUACUCCAGUCCAGCAUUUCGAGCAGGGUUGUUACGGGCGCAGCGUGUUGAGCAAAUCUACACAUUCUCAUAUCGCACUGGCGCAUCAACAUGCAUAUGGUCGACACAUUGAGGAGUUAAUGGAAGAGAACAGCUUACCGAGGUUUCACGAUGUCGCGGCUGUUCUGGCGCCAAUUUGACUGAUAUGCUGGCCGUUAUACCCUGAUACACACAAUGGUUUCCAGAGUUAUUGACACAAAGUUUUACCUAUCCAUUUGGCAGUCAUUUAACUACAACUGUUAUCAUAUCAACCUAACCCAGUAAAGGAGAAAGCAUGGAGAAACUUUUGUUCCCCCGCUUUUUCAGGAAACUCUGUAUGAUCUCUAUUUUCCUGUGUGUCAGCAUAAUGGUUGUCAAGGUGAUAUACAUGGGUCACAAUGAAGGCAACAGAGAACUGUUUGAGUUGAGAAGUCGGGUAGCCGAGUUGGAAAAUCUGCUAAAAUCUACCAAAAUGGUAUCGCGUGAAAUACCAGAAGCUCGAGAGUUGGGUCGAGAUUUGAACUUGGCGGAAGCUCGAAAAAGAAUGGAAAAAAAUGUGACAGUGGUAAUGUUUUCCUAUGACGAAGAUGUCAGUUGUUUAAAAUCCAGAAUAGACAAUGUGCUCCAAGAGUAUCCAAAUAUCAAAGUGAUCAUAUCUUCGACGAAAACUAUCGACAUUCCGUUCUCACAAAAUGUCGAAUAUUUACCAAACAUAGAGAAGGAAGGAAAAGCACUGGCAACAAUGAUUGAUAAGGUAAAAUCCCCUUAUUUCCUGUACUUAUCAUCCAGUGUCCAGUUACCGCCACAAAACUCCGACAUCAGUGUCUCGUGGCUACUCCACGCGCUGGAAAAGAUACCGGAACUGGAUUUCAUUGGUGGAUCUUUCUUACGUAAUCAGACCGGUGCACGGUAUCCCGUGCUGGAGGUUCCCUGUUACCGAUUGCGCAUGUGCAACUGGACACUGUCACAAACGUUUGAGUAUCGGUACAGCGUGGACGACAUGAUGGUUUGCGAAGAAACAUCCUCUUCCUUCAUGGGACGAAAAAAAAGAGUAAUCGAACUUGGCCAAUUUGAUUCUAAUCUGGAUGCCAUGGCAACCACGGAUUUCUUUUGGCGAGUGAAAGGUAAAGCGAUCACGGGCCUCCGACCAGAAGUACAAUUCACAGUUUCCAAAAAAGUGCUUUCCUCCUUCUUUACCUGCAGCUACUGAAGCCGAUCUGAAGUUUGCCUUUAUGAAAAAAUACGAACUGUACAUUGUUCGAGACAACUUUAAACGUGAAGUCAAGGCAUUGGAUUCGAAGCAUUACAGCUCUUUGAAGAGAAAUUACGGCUAUGAUUAUAACAGAGAUGGUUACUUCGCCAGUCCGAUGUACGCACGCGGACUUCUGCUAGAUCUGGAAUUAGCUGCGGACUUCCUGGAAUCCAAGAAUAUUUCUUUCUUCAUAGACUCAGGAGUACCCCUUGGCGGCGUGAAGACUGGAGGCCUACUGCCGUGGGAUGUUGACAUAGACCUGGGCUUCUUUCACGACUGGAAACCCGUCCACGAAGGUCUAGCUAAACUUUGCAAGGACAGAGGCAUUCCGGCCACAAUCGCCAGAGAAUCUCUGGGAGACGGGAGACAAGAGCUGGUUUUCCGCGCGGCGGGGGAAUUUGGUUACAAUUGUAUGUAUCAACAGCCUGUGAGCGUUGUUGAGGAGAAUUCCAUAAUGCAUACUUACAUUCACGGACGGAAGUACCCAGUGAAAACAUACCUCUUCUCUAGUUUUCGAACGAUGUACGGAAUAAAAUACUUAGAGAUGCAUGGAGCACGUGGGCGCAUGAAUUGUCGCACGAAAGGUCACCACGCAUGCCUACCAGAACAGUUCAGUUACGGUGGCGGCCAUUGGCGAGAGUAUUAUUGUGACCUGUAAGUGAAGAUGGAGUUGUGAGGUGGGGUGGGUAUGGGGGUGUAAAGUUGGGGUGGGGACAUCGCUAAACAUAACAGAGGAAAUACCCAAAUCAUUUGUUUUCAGUCGUGUGGAGUGUCUCUUGGGGAGGACAUCCUUGUUGUUGUAUUUCUUGGGUUACCUGUUCAUUACGAUGACGUAGUUCAUGCUCACGAAACAAACCAAAUAUGUUUUCUAAUCACGCAUUUUUUUGUGACUCCAUGAUAUAUAUACAUCGAGAACUCUGGGACUAGGAUGCGAAGGCUGUGUCGACUUUUAACAAAACUGUCCCAAACUGUCUCAACGUUCACGUGUUUAACAUGAUGAAAUCCAUAACGUGAAGAGCAAAUGCAACACGCUAAUUUUACCUACAUGGAGAGAAUCUUGGUUGAUGUGAUACACAUUAUGACGGGAUUUACCUUCCUGUGCAUGUGGAAUUUACAUUCAUACUAACAGUGCAUUAUACCUCAGCAUACUUUUCGUUAUUUCAGAUGAUUAACACAGGUUAAUUCUUGCUGAAAGCGGUAAACUAAAAAAAAAUUACCUGUUAAUUGUGACAGAACGUCUGUUGUCUGAGUGACGCUAGAAUGUAUUCUGCUAUACCAUGAGAUUGUUGUGUUUAAUAUACCACACAUAUUCUAUUAAUUCAACAUAAAGAUUCUUUAUUAGACUAACAGGAUGUUAUGUUGAAUAUGAAGGAAUGUUGUGUUACAAUAACAGAGUACAUUCUAGCAUCAAUCAGACAACAGACUUUCUGCUAAAAUUAACAGAUUAAUUUUUUUGAGUAUAUGAGAGAGCCGAUCAAAUGACAGAAAUAGAACGGAGAAAUGGAAAAUUCUUACAAAAAUAUUACUGGAUGAUUUAGGUCAUGUGAUCCAUUUUAAAGCUCUAACAACGUUCGAGCUAUACAAAAGAAAUUUUGGGAAGGAGAUUAAAGAGAAAUUUCAACAUUAGGAGACUAAAAGCUUUUAAGAUUUGGCAAAUAGGGUGAAAUGGAACAAAAAAAAUGGCAGUGGAAAGUAACUGUUUUAAACGACUUGCGUUGUCGAUCGACUCAAAUCAAUACAACAACAACAAUGAACCAGUUCGUAGUUUAUACUGUUUUUAUAAUACUCACAGUAAAGCCGAGAAUGAGUCUGUGUUUAUGAGCGAGAAAUAGGAGAAAGGGAUGUAGGGGUAUAAUCCGCUGAGAUUAGGAGAGUAAGAGUACAUCUGAUACAUUUGUCGAUUUUACACACAUUCCAUGGGUACACACUUGAAAUAAUUGUUUCAUUCAUAUACACAUUUCUGUCAGAUUUUAUAGACGCGUACAAACUGAUGUUUUAUUCCUAGAGAUUGUGUUUAGCAAUCAAACAUAUAUGAUUAUUAUUGUGAACAUGCAAAAUGUUUGCAUAAUAACGUGGUGGAUAUUUCAGUAAACACAAAUAGACUUUUUCCAGUAAUACGUGUGUUAUUAAGCGCAAAAAGCGGAUAAACAUGUAAAAGUGUUAACUAUGGUAAACAUGUGACAUGUUUACAUAAUAAAGGAGCUGGUACGGCAAGGCGGAGAAUCGACCUCAGAGAGGUACGAUAAGAAAGUGCAAAUUUCUAAAUCCCAGCAAAAUUGAGUAAAUUUUUCGAAUCAGACGUAUAAAAUUUGGUCGAAGCACCCAUAAAACUUAUAUGGCCAUAAAAGAGAUGGUUGCUUAGUGAUAACCCGCCAAAAAUUCACUCUUGAUAAAAAACGCCUAUGUUUCGAGCAAUCACUGUGUUCUUAAUUUACAGUAUGAAGAUCAACGUUAAUAUUUUUACUGAAACUUUCAUUUGUGUAUUUCUAGGUACUGUGAAAGUUUCAUCUUCGUUAACGUUUGUCUUCGUAUGUAAAACAUAAACUUUAUUAUGUGAUCACUUUUGUAAUACUCUGGCUAGCUUAAAAUCCAUUUUUGUGUAAAAGAUCGGAUGGCAUCCUUCAUAGUACACUGAACUAACGAGAUCAUUUUGGAGAAUAUGUUGCUCCUCUAGGAAGAGUUCGAAACUUCGUGUUUAUUUUUUUUCCUUUGGAAGCACACUGUUGUGUGAAUAAAUAUAUAGACCUUUUUGCGUUAUGUAAGUGUUAUUAUGAAUUAGGCUGGAUUGUUAAGGUAUAGUAUUAAAUAAUGUGUGACACGGAAUAGCGAAAUCAUACCUGAAUCCUUGUCGAGAGCACAUGAGGCCGUCUAGUUAUCAUUGAUAUUAACAUGCAGAGCGAAAGUAUAAGGCUGAAAGUUACAUGUACAUAUGUUAUGUAUUUGCUUCAUUGAUUAGAGUAUAGCUCAAGAACAUUUCAGAAUGUUACCAUUCUUGUGCAGUGAUUACCCAAACUUGACAGUGUCUACUGCAAGAAUAUGUAUUUCAGCGUGACUGAAGUAGGAUAGUGUUUUUCGAAUCUUAGACCAAAACAUCGCUUCAGCGCUUGUUAGGAGCUUUAUAAAUCGCAUGCUUGUCAUAUAACAUGAAAAGAAGAGUAAAACAGAACUAAAACAAGUGGCCUUACGAGUAUGUCAACAGUUAUCACUCACGGCUAUAGUCAGUUUCGGUUCUUGAGGUGCGCAAUUCCUUGCACUGGGGCCGAUUUCCCGCCUUACCAUACGAGGUUUAUUCACAUGUUUACAACACCAGUAAGAAACAUUUUUACAUGUUGUUCGGGUUUUUACACUAAAUAACAGAAGGCCAUACUUGCUGGACUAUUUCUAUUUACUGAAAAUAUCCACUACUUUACUGUGUAAAAGUUUCAGUUGUGGACUAAUAUAAUCACGUCUCAUUCAUUCCAAAGUAACGAGACGCAUAUUUUUAGUGUGUAUAGUGAUUUUGUAUAUAUAGCCCUUUUAUAUUAUGUCAGUAUUCUAAAUAAAUGGCGACAAGGUAACCUAGAAAUUUCCAACACCAUUUUCCUACGCUCUGACAUUGGGAAGACAAUUUUCUUCGCCCAGACGUCUGUUACUAAGGAAAUGUUAUCUUAUACCAUCUUACAGAAUGCCCGAAUGCGAGCGAUCUCAUGUCAUUUCCAAAGCCAUAGACUCAUUGGGUUCAGCUGGUUUUAUGUACAUCUGUGCAUGCGGGUAAGCCCGCAGAUUUGACCUUUGACCCUUUUCAGACAUCGUUUGUCGUAUUUUGAGGAAAAUAUUCUAUGCGUUACCGUUCACUCAUUUUGGAGCAUACACAUGUUUAAAUCGAAUGUUUAAAAUUAUUUUGUAUGCGUGCGUGUGCGCAUUUGUGUGCGUGCUCUUGCGACAAGGUGCUAAAGGGACUAGUUUACUCUGUUGUUGUUGAGGAGACGCAUGAUGGUAUCGCAGACUACGUAUACAUUUAGUGUCCAUUGUUCUACUUCAGUCCAUCAACCAUGUGCAUCUGUAACAUACAGUACGUGCUUGCUGAGGACUUAUGAAUAUAGUCUUUCUGCUUUUAGUGUGAGGUGCUUUGAGUACAGAAAUUUUAAUUUUUGCAAUUUAAUUUAGUGCAAAUAUUUCUGCAAUUAUACAGUGUGCCAUAUAUAUGUACAUUAUUAAAACCAUUUACAUGCUUGAGUCUUGGUUUAAACUGCAGUGCUUCAAAUGAACAAUAAAUUACAAAAACUGAAUUAAUAAAAAAACUGAACAAAAUUU